AUGGAGGUUGCAAUGGUAAGUGCGGAGAGCUCAGGCUGCAACAGCCACAUGCCCUACGGCUAUGCUGCUCAGGCCAGGGCCAGGGAGAGGGAACGGCUGGCUCACUCCAGGGCUGCCGCUGCAGCGGCUGUGGCGGCUGCCACGGCGGCUGUGGAAGGCAGUGGGGGCUCAGGAGGAGGUAGCGGCUCCCAUCACCACCACCAAGCCCGGGGAGCCUGCUCUUCCCAUGACCCCCAGAGCAGCCGGAGCAGCAGAAGACGACGGCGACAACAGCGGACGUCAGAGAAGAAGAGACUCCAUCACCGGCAGAGCAGCUUCCCUCAUUGCUCGGACCUCAUGCCUAGCGGAUCCGAAGAAAAAAUCCUGAGGGAGCUGAGUGAGGAAGAGGAGGAGGACGAGGAGGAGGAGGAAGAGGAAGAAGACGGGAGGUUUUAUUACAGUGAGGAUGACCACGGGGAUGAAUGUUCCUACACUGACCUGCUGCCUCAGGAUGAUGGGGGCGGGGGCGGCUACAGUUCGGUCCGCUACAGUGACUGCUGUGAGAGGGUGGUCAUCAACGUGUCCGGCUUACGCUUUGAGACCCAGAUGAAAACCCUGGCGCAGUUUCCAGAGACCCUAUUGGGGGAUCCUGAGAAAAGGACUCAGUAUUUUGACCCUUUACGCAACGAAUAUUUUUUUGACCGGAACCGGCCCAGUUUUGAUGCCAUCUUAUAUUAUUACCAAUCAGGGGGGCGUCUGAAGAGGCCAGUCAAUGUCCCUUUUGACAUCUUCACGGAGGAGGUCAAGUUCUACCAGCUGGGAGAGGAAGCCCUCCUCAAGUUUCGGGAAGACGAGGGCUUUGUGAGGGAGGAAGAAGACAAGGCUCUGCCGGAAAACGAGUUCAAGAAACAGAUCUGGCUGCUCUUUGAGUACCCAGAGAGCUCGAGCCCAGCGCGGGGCAUCGCCAUCGUCUCGGUCCUGGUCAUCUUGAUCUCCAUCGUCAUCUUUUGCCUGGAGACUCUGCCGGAGUUUCGGGACGACAAGGAGUCUAUCAUGGCCCUGAGCGCCGGUGGGCAGCGGGGGCUGGUGUCCAAUGACACCAUGUCUUUGCACCUCGAGAACUCGGGACACACAAUCUUCAAUGACCCCUUUUUCAUUGUGGAGACGGUCUGCAUCAUCUGGUUCUCCUUCGAGUUUGUGGUCCGCUGCUUUGCCUGCCCGAGCCAAGCCCUUUUCUUCAAGAACAUCAUGAACAUCAUUGACAUUGUUUCCAUUUUGCCUUAUUUCAUCACCCUGGGCACUGACCUGGCCCAGCAGCAAGGGGGUGGCAACGGUCAGCAGCAACAGGCCAUGUCCUUCGCCAUCCUGAGGAUCAUCCGCCUGGUCCGGGUUUUCCGGAUCUUCAAGCUCUCCAGACACUCCAAGGGCCUUCAGAUCCUGGGUCAUACCCUCAGGGCCAGCAUGCGGGAACUGGGCCUUCUGAUCUUUUUCCUCUUCAUCGGGGUCAUCCUGUUCUCCAGUGCUGUGUACUUUGCCGAAGCGGAUGAGCCGACGACGCAUUUCCAAAGCAUCCCGGAUGCCUUUUGGUGGGCUGUGGUGACGAUGACAACUGUGGGCUAUGGGGACAUGAAGCCCAUCACGGUGGGGGGCAAGAUAGUGGGGUCCCUGUGUGCCAUUGCAGGCGUGUUAACCAUUGCUUUGCCAGUGCCAGUGAUUGUCUCCAACUUUAACUAUUUCUACCAUAGAGAGACUGAGAACGAGGAGCAGACGCAGAUGACCCAGAAUGCCGUCAGCUGCCCGUACCUCCCCUCUAACUUGCUGAAGAAAUUCCGGAGUUCCACUUCUUCUUCCCUCGGGGACAAGUCUGAGUAUCUGGAGAUGGAAGAAGGAGUGAAGGAAUCUCUUUGUGCAAAAGAGGAAAAGUGUCAGGGGAAGGGGGACGAGAGUGAGACAGAGAAAAACAAUUGCACCAAUGCCAAGACUGUGGAGACUGAUGUGUGA